UUAAUUAUAUUAAACCUUAGAGCGUGAUAUCAAAUCUUAGUGACAGGAUAUCACACUAGUUCCCUCUCCAAUCACGAAUUCACGAUUCACGCCGCACGCCCCGACGCCCCGACGCCCGCAGCCCCGCAUCCGCACUUCCGCAGGCCGCAGCGCACAGGAGUCCCGAUCUCGACUCCCGACUCGAACUCGACGACUCCCAGUCCCAGUUCCUCUCGUCCGCAACCGCAAAAUCCAAGACCCUGGCCGCCGGAGCCGAACUGGCCCGCGCCUCGGGCCCUGCCCGAUUUGUGUGCUUUGCGGCCUGUGGGCAUGCUAGCCAGCCGGCGGCGGCACCGGAGUCCAUAGCAGCAACCACGCGGCUACGAGCUACGACGGGCUGGCUAAGGCGCAGGUUGAGCGCUGAAGGCUACCCAGCUGUGGUCUCACGCGGGUGGCCGGUGAGAGCAGCCAAGCGGCAGGUACAUCUCCCCUCUGCCGCUCCACCCUCCGAGGCGGCCCUCCCUCUCAAUCCCUCCAGCAUCUGGUAUCUCUCUAUUAUCUGUAGAAUCAUAAAUCUAAAAAUUAUAGAUUAUUCACAAUUAAAAGUAGAAGUGUACUAUGUAAUGUUAUUAACAAUUUUAUGUGAAACAUGCGGCUUAAUCGUCGUAUCAAUUAGUUUUUUUUUAAAAAAAAAUUGUAGCUACUUUCCGUCGCUGGCUAGAGUCCUACUCUUUGUCAAAUUCUAGGUGCGCUGGACGCUGGACGAACCCUACCACGCGCACCGUCACGUUGUGCCUGAGCGCUCCGCCAGUGCUGUCGCCGCUCGUUUCUGGGCUCAUCUUUUCAUCUGACAGAGUCCUCAAAUCUAGAGGGUUAACUACCAGUAGCGUGAUGAAGUCAUGUAGGCUAUCCGAGCUCAGCAAUGCUGAGGUUAGCAGCCUCAAGGCUCGUCCUCGCAUCGAUUCCUCGUCCAUGUCCAUAUUUGGCACGGUGAAUCCAAUUGUUGAGGGUGUCUGUGUCAGAGGUGAUGCAGCAGAUAAGCAGUACCAGGUGAAAAACUGCAGAUGGAGGCCAACUUUUGCCUUGGAGACUGAUGGGCCAUCUAACACUGAUGGCCAAGACUUUGAUGAGGACAGUGGUUUUCUUGGUAGGACUAGACUGGGAAGACUCAUCCAAGCUGCUGCAAGGGAGCUACUUGACAAGCUGAACUCUGCGAGAACCAAUUCGCCAACAAAGAUAUUCCUUGUCCUCCUUGGUUUUUACACAGCCAAUGCCUUGGCAACAAUACUAGGGCAGACCGGUGACUGGGAUGUUCUUGUUGCUGGUGUUGUAGUGGCUGCCAUUGAGGGAAUUGGCAUGCUCAUGUACAGAAAACCAAUUGCCAGGCCUCCUGGUAGGUUCCAAUCUUUGAUUUCAAUGGUGAACUACUGGAAAGCCGGUGUAUGCCUGGGCCUUUUUGUGGAUGCCUUCAAGCUGGGUAGCUGAGUUUAUACAAUCAUCUGCUGCUAUCUGCCUAUGGUAAUUUUUUGGGUAUAUUGGGAUCACAAUAACGCCAUGAUAUGGUUCCAUGAUGGCCAUUGCUCGUUGCUCGAAUUCUAAUAGCUGCAUUUGGCUCUAAUUCUGGGAGCAUUGGCUGCUGAGGUAUCAGAUUUCUUCAAAGUUAAUGAAGAUGUUUGGAGCAGAUAUUAUUCUGAGGUGACUAUUCAUUUUUCCAUAAUCGAAGGCCAUGUUUGUCAACCAUUGUUUGGCCCGUAAACUGUAGAUAUGCUGUAGUUUUUCCACCUCCAUGUCAUUUAGCCCUAAUAUGCAUUUAUGCGUACUGAGAGAAGUAAAAAAAAAAAAAGAUGUGCUGCUUUAAGGGCAUGUUUGGGAGCAAGGGGAUAUUGAAUAGCAAUGGGAUUUUAGCCCCUUCAAUCCCCUUGCUCCUUAGAUAGGAUGUAUUUCUUCUACGGAUAUAUGGUACUUGUACGUGCGUGUCAGCAUGUGAUGAGUUGAAUACUUCUUUCAUCCAGGAUUAUUCUAUAUCUUGCACUAUAUGUCAUUGUUACCAAAAAUGUUUUCUCUCUGUAUACUCCUUUUAAUUGUGCAAGUGCCAGUGGUAUUUUCGGUGGAUUAA